UCUCUGUUUUACGAAUUUAAAUAAUGCCGGUUACGGCAGGAUGUUGACGCCGAAAAAAUCGAUUUGGUUGCCAUGACAACCCAAUCCCAACAUUAAAACUGCCGUCGUUAUUGUUAUUUAUUAAAAAUAAUAAAAUAAUAUAUGCUUACGCUACGAUUACUAGCUUUGUGAAUUGAGGUGAAGGUAUUAGCGACUUUUUAACUGAAGGACUCUUAUUGCUUCGCGAAUUGUGUCCAGUAUAGGAUGGACAGUAGCAUCAGCGAAGAGGAAGAAGAAGACAAGAAACACUUUUCGGCGUUCAGUAAGUUUGACGAAAGUAUUGAAGUGAGAAACGCCGAGGAAAUAAAAAGUCCGGUUAGUGGGAAAGCAAAACUAGUGAGGAAAAACUCUAAAGGUGUUUCCAACUCUUUUGACGCUGACGAAAUGGAAAUUCAAUCGUCGAAUGACAAACGGAGUUUUAGAAGGUUUUCUAACCAUGAAACUUCGUUUGAAAAACCUGUAAGACCCAUGGAAAGUGACCCGUCAGACAGUGAUGAAACUGACGAUGAUGACAUCGAAGGUACUAGUGUCAAAAAAAAGAUAGAAGUUUACAAUCCAAAGGAAUUUGAAAACCUUGAAGCUUCUGCUGAAGUAAAGGAAUUGUUUCAAAAUAUUAUGAGAUACACGCCCCAAAAAAUCGAGCUAAAUUACAAGCUAGCUCCCUACAUAAUGGAAUUCAUACCAGCGGUUGGUGAUAUCGACGCCUUCAUAAAGGUACCAAGACCCGACGGGGUUGCUGAUAAAGUCGGAUUAACGGUGCUGGAUGAGCCAUGCGCUAAUCAAUCGGAGCCAGCAGUCCUGCAUUUGCAGCUGCGGAGCCAGAGCAAAAGCGCGGAUUCCCGAAAAGCGACGGUGAUAAAACGCGUUGAAGACCCGGAAAAGUAUCCUAAGUCGAUUGAGAGGUGGAUCGAGGACAUGGGUCUCCUUCACAGGAGCAAACACUUGCCUGCGGUGAGACUGACCAGCCCAAUGCCUGACAUUGAUGCCCUGAUUCAGCAGUGGCCUCCGGAUAUUGAGGACAAACUCAGCGAGGCUCAGCUCGACUUUUCCACCCUCGACUGCGAGCUACCCCAGCUUGUUGACAUCGUUUGUAAUUUACUCGACAUUCCUGUUAAACCUGAGAUCAGACUGGAGUCUCUGCAUACGCUUUUUACUUUGUUUCUGGAGGUCAGAGAAUUUAAUAAAGACCGCGGGGGUUUUUAGGAUCAGAAAUUGAGUUUUAUACAGAUGUUUGUAUAUUUCUAUUUAAAUUUAAAUUUUUAUUGUUAAUAAUUCUCACGUGUUUGAUAAUAAUUCAAAAGU